AUGACUGCUCAGGUUACCCCUUCUAAGCAGGCUGCAUCUUCGCUCGAAAACCUCAAGAUGAGCGACUCGCCUGUGAAGAAGAUCAAUUUCGGCGUUGCCGGCAAGGAGAACGCGCCGUCAACCACACCUGUCACCGACGCGCCUGUCAAGAAGAUUGUGGAAAAGCCUACCGAAGCCUCCACUAAGAUUGCUGCCAUCAAGGAACUCGAGGCCAACGAGCCUCUGCUGCAAGAAAACCCUCACCGUUUUGUCCUCUUCCCCAUCAAGUAUCAUGAGAUCUGGCAAAUGUAUAAGAAGGCCGAGGCUUCCUUCUGGACCGCUGAAGAGAUUGAUCUUUCCAAGGAUCUACACGAUUGGAACAACCGCCUGAACGAUGAUGAGCGCUACUUUAUCUCCCACGUCCUCGCUUUCUUCGCCGCCUCUGAUGGUAUUGUCAAUGAGAACCUGCUUGAGCGCUUCAGCAAUGAGGUGCAGGUACCGGAGGCUCGCUGCUUCUACGGCUUCCAGAUCAUGAUUGAGAACAUCCACUCUGAGACCUACUCGCUUCUGAUUGAUACCUAUAUCAAGGAGCCCAAGCAGCGUGCUUACCUCUUUGAUGCCAUUGAUACCAUUCCUUGCAUCAACAAGAAGGCUCAGUGGGCCAUGAGAUGGAUCUCAGAUAAGGAGUCGUCUUUCGGCCAGCGUCUUGUGGCCUUUGCUGCCGUCGAGGGUAUCUUCUUCUCCGGAUCGUUUGCCUCCAUCUUCUGGCUCAAGAAGCGUGGAUUGAUGCCCGGUCUUACCUUCUCUAACGAGCUUAUCUCCCGUGACGAGGGUCUGCACACUGACUUCGCUUGCCUGCUGUUCUCCCACCUCAACAACCGCCCUGACAAGAAGGUUGUGGAGGACAUCAUCGUGGAAGCUGUGGCCAUUGAGCAGGAGUUUCUGACAGAUGCUCUGCCAGUUGCUCUCCUCGGUAUGAAUUCCAAGCUCAUGUGUCAGUACAUCGAAUUUGUUGCCGAUCGCCUCUUGGUCGCUCUUGGAAACAAGAAGUACUACAACUCUCCCAACCCCUUCGACUUCAUGGAGAGCAUUUCCCUGGCUGGUAAGACCAACUUCUUCGAGAAGCGUGUUGGUGACUACCAAAAGGCCGGUGUCAUGGCCAGCACCAAGAAGGAUACCAACCAGGAUGCUGCGAAGGACACAAACGCAGGAGGUCUCAGCUUUGACGAAGACUUCUAA